UUUGACCACUUCCAGAUACUCCGAGCAAUCGGGAAGGGAAGCUUUGGCAAGGUUUGUAUUGUACAAAAGAGAGAUACGGAGAAGAUGUAUGCCAUGAAGUACAUGAACAAACAACAAUGCAUCGAAAGAGAUGAGGUUCGAAACGUGUUUAGAGAAUUAGAGAUCCUGCAGGAAAUUGAGCAUGUAUUCUUGGUGAAUCUCUGGUACUCUUUUCAGGAUGAAGAAGACAUGUUUAUGGUAGUGGAUUUACUCCUAGGUGGUGAUCUACGGUAUCAUCUACAGCAAAAUGUUCAAUUCACAGAGGAAACAGUGAAGCUUUAUAUUUGUGAGAUGGCACUAGCUCUAGACUAUUUACGAAGUCAGCAUAUUAUUCACAGAGAUGUAAAACCAGACAACAUUCUCCUAGAUGAGCAAGGUCAUGCACACCUAACAGAUUUUAAUAUUGCAACAAUAAUCAGAGAUGGUGAAAAAGCAACUGCGUUAGCUGGAACCAAACCAUAUAUGGCUCCAGAGAUUUUUCACUCUUUUCUGAAUGGUGGGACAGGCUACUCCUUUGAAGUUGAUUGGUGGUCUUUAGGAGUGAUGGCUUACGAACUUCUUCGUGGAUGGGUCUGGUGUCCUCUACUGUCUUAUAUGAUGGUGUUUUCAGAUAUUUUUCUUAAUAAUCUUCACAGGGAAGAAUUGUAUUUUUUUCAUAUUUCCAUUUCUUUUCCUCAGAGACCCUACGACAUCCACUCCAGUAACCCGGUAGAGUCUUUAAUUCAGCUGUUUAGUACUGUAAGUGUGCAGUAUUCAUCAGUAUGGUCAAAAGAAAUUGUUGCUUUAUUGAGAAAGCUAUUGACAGUGAACCCUGAGCAUCGAUUUUCCAGCCUCACGGACGUUCAAACUUCAGCUUACUUAUCAAAUGUCAUCUGGGAUGAUGUCUGUGAGAAGAAGGUGGAGCCAGGCUUUGUUCCUAAUAAAGGCCGUCUGCAUUGCGAUCCCACCUUUGAGCUAGAAGAAAUGAUCCUGGAGUCAAGACCCUUGCAUAAAAAGAAGAAAAGACUCGCAAAAAACAAGUCCAGGGACAACAGCAAGGACAGCUCACAGUCAGAAAAUGACUAUCUCCAGGAAUGUCUCGAAGCACUCCAGCAAGACUUUGUCAUUUUUAACAGAGAGAAGUUGAAGAGGAGUCAAGAUCAAAUGAAUGAAUCUAUUUCUCCUCCUGAAACUACAGAUGAAGCCGAGACAGAAGCCGAAUCUGAGAAUUCCAAUUUAAAUAUGUGUAGCUCCGUAUGUUCUUCUACAGGCAGCAGCUAGGACUACAGUUUCAAGGCAAGGGGCCAAAAGCCUACAUGCCUCUUGAAUAAAUCAUUCUCAGGUUGCACUGAUGAAUAUAUACUGUACACUGCGUACUAUAAUUGAAAAAAAAGUCACAACAUCAAUAUUGUAAAACUGUAGCAGAGGUAGAUAGUUCUUAAAGAACUGAAUUCAUGGAUUUAAAUGAUGGCCAGUUCUGAACACUGGAUUACCUACUAUGAGGAAAAAUACUUGCUAUGCAACACCUUGGAGAAAAUAGUUCAGUUUCUUUCUUUGCUCUUUUUUAAUGGCAGAUUGCUGACUCAGGCACAUGUGAACAUGGUAAGUGAACAGGUCAGAUCCUUACAUAUGAGCAAGGAGCACGCAGCACAAGUGCGUGUUUGGGAAAGAUUGAGAAGAUGAUGUAAAGCUCACCUUUGCACUCCGGAGAACUAAGAUUGCUGUUUGCAGGAUUGGCCCCUUGUGUAAAUUAGAGAAGCCCUCAGGCUGCUCUAAUUAAUGACAGGUGCUAACAGCCUCAAGGGACUAAAUAGCUGAGGAGCAUGCAGUUUGAGAGCACUUCAGCCACACCCUCUUUCUUCUGGCUGCACACUACAUGUAGGACCCUCUCUGUCAACUCAAUGCAACUGGAUGCUUCUCCUUGCACUGGGUCAAUCCCUGAGGGGCUGGAUAUACUGGCUUUACAAAGAGAAUCUGUUAGUGGAGUGGCACAAAGUGGUUGCACUGCACCCAAGGAUCUGGUUUAAUUUAUUUAAUCUCCUUGUAUGGCUAUACUUAGCUGCAAGGAGCUGUGCAAAUUACAAGCAAAUGAAUCAGAAAUUAUUCUAUUUUUUCAACUCAUUUAAUUAAUAGGACAAGUUCUAUU